AUGUCGCCCGCUGCAAUCACCUCCAGUGCCCCGCCUCCCACGAACGGGAAAACCGCCACCAUCAAAUCCCCCGCCAAACCCAUCAUAGCGCCCUCAUCGGUGCUACCGAACGGAACGAACGACGGCGUGCCUGCCUGGGUGAAGCCUGACCUCAGCCGUCUACUCCGUGUCGAACACUUAGAAGGCGACUUCGCUGCCCGUUCAGUCUCGCUCGUGGAUCUGCCUGCCGGUGCAACUUUCGCGCGAAUAACGAACCCGACACCUGCGACAUGUGCCUACACCUCCGUUCAAGCAUCGCGAGAUCUACACAUCGAGCUGAACUGCGAUCUGGUAUACAUAAACCACUCUUGUCGGCCUACGCUGGUGUUUGACAUGCUGAAGUGGGAGGUGCGGGUCAAUCCAGAGAUGAAGGGAGGCUUGACGGCGGGCGAGGAGCUCACUUUCUUCUACCCGAGCACGGAGUAUGACAUGGCGCAGCCUUUUGAAUGCCGCUGCCAAGAGAAGGAGUGUCGGGGAACAAUUUCUGGUGCAAAGGAUAUGUCGUCAGAUGUCUUGCGCCAGUACUGGCUGAACCCGCAUAUUGAGGAGCUGCUUCAAGAGAAUAUAGCAUAG